GCUGCUGGCAGGAUCCAGAGUCUCUCAUGGGUCCCCUGUACGGCCUCCCCUUGCUGCUGUCGUCCAUCGCCACACUCAGCUGCCAUGUGCCACUAUUCAGGUCUCCUCACACUGCUGGUGUGUUCCAUUUUUUGUCAUAGGGUGCUGGCAGAUUACGGGCCUCCCAUAGCUGCUGCCAGGCCCCUAAUCUGCCAUGGGCCCCUAUACCGCCUCCUCAUGCUGAUGCCAAGUCCAGAGUCUCUCAUGGGUCCCUGUACGGCCUCCCAUUGCUGCUGUCUCCAUUGCCACACUCUGCCAUGUGCCACUUUCAGGUCUCCUCACACUGCUGGUGUGUUUCCAUUUUUUGUC